CUUAAAUUCAAGACUGACAACAGACGAAUCUUUUUACUUUUUUUACUUCUUGCUUUUCAGGAGAGCAGACAACAAAUAGAGAGCAAACUGUAUCAAAAUAAAACCAACUGAACCAUGUCUAAUGGGUAGAGACCACCAAACAAAGCAGCAUCACAAGAAGAACACCAGAACAACAGCAGUGUCAGAGGAACAGGAGAAAAAAAGAAUAAGAGAAAAUAUUCUUGAAGUGUUUAAGGCCAGACUUUCAUCUCCAAACAAAGGAGGAGCACUGAUAGUUGGUGAGAAGCCAGCAGAUGAAAAAGCAUCCAAACAACCGAGGACAAAACAUUACAAACGAACAGAUUAUGUGGCAAGCUACUCCAGCCAGUCCUCAGAUGGAACCCAGGGGGUCAUGACCAGCAAAAGGACGAACCACAUCACUUAUACCUCUAGGAAAAAACAAACCAAGAGAAAAGCCUGCAGUACUAAACAUCAGACUGAAAAAGAAAGUGCUGUGUCAAAGCAUAUGAAAAUUGCCCAUGGUGUAACAUGUCAUAAUGAGGAUAAAAUUGGUGCAGGAAUGAUAGCGCAGUCAAGGCUAACUCAUAAAGUUGGACUAAUAAACACUGGCAAGAAAGGUGUACCAGCUAGCCGUGUAUUAAUUCCCAGCCAUAUAUCGAGGCAAACUGAUGCACAGAUUCAGAGACUGGUCAGUGAGGUGAACAGUGAGUUUCAGGCCUCCAGUGACAAUGGGGACAGGUGCAGUGGCCAUGUGUCGGGGGCCAGUGUUGGGGCCCGGUCAAGAACCCCAGCCUCUGUAGAGAUGGGCCAUCUAAACCACAUCACUCCGAGCAGCACUGACACCAACUAUGCUGAUUGCAAACAAUUGGAAGAGAUCUUAUUCUCCAAGGAUUUGGAUCUGCCAGAGACUGUCAUGGAGCUCAUAGCAGGACUCAAAUCUGUCCGCAAACAGAUGUUCCCAGGCAGAGACUUUUAUAGGGAGAAGUUGUACGACAUUCUGCAAACAAUGAAACAAAGAAGUGGACCUUUGUCUAGUGGCCCAGUAUCCGCCUACCAGUCCAGUAUGGCCCGAUACAGGGACUCCAACAACCAUUGUAGACCUGCUCAUGAUAUGAGAUCGUGGGGAGAUAACAAGUGUUCAUGGAAUGAAAUUAUAGGUAGCAGAAGAGGCCAUGUGUCUAAAGGGCAUGGCUAUUUGUUUGAAAAUAAUCUUGCUGAUGGGCCAAAGAUUAACUUCUCAUCACGCAACCCAUUUAAUUCUAUCUUGCCUAAAAGAAUAACCCCUAGUGACCAGUCAGAAAAUGUGUUCAGAGGUAAAUAUUACAUAUCAGAAGCUGGUGAUUCUAGUAAACAGUAUAGACCUAAUGAGGACAACAGUAGGCAGCAUAUCAGACCAGACGAGGACAAAAGUUCUGUGUCAGUCAGGCAGCAUAUCAGACCAGACGAGGACAAUAGCCCUGUAUCAGCCAGGCAGCAUAUCAGACCAGAUGAUGGCAAUAGCUCUGUAUCAGCCAGGCAGCAUAUCAGACCAGAUGAUGGCAAUAGCUCUGUGUCAGCCAGGCAGCAUAUCAGACCAGAUGAGUGCAAAAGCUCUGUGUUAUCGGGGCGACACACUAGACACGAUGAGGCCAAUAGAUCUUUGUCACCCAGGCAACACAUCAGACCGGAUGAAGGCAAUAGUUCUGUGUCACCCAGGCGUUAUCUGAGCAAACAAACUGUGCUGGAUGAGUUGACGCUGUUCCUGAAGUCUCGCAGUGACGGAAGCUCUAAGAGACACAGGUGGUCUGAAAAUAAAUCAAACUCUCAUAAUGAUGACAAUAUUGAUUGGUUUACAAAUGUUGAUAAAAACGAUAAUUAUAAUUUCUUUUUGCCAUGUGAUGAGAACUCUCAAAGCUAUAGACCAACAGGUUUUUGUGUAGACUUGAACCCUGUAGCAGGAGACCAGACUUCCAUUUCUCCCAGCAUGAGUGUGGAGGCCCUGCUACGGGCAAAUGACAGAAACAUGGUACAGCAGCAGAUGUUUGAACCUAUGGAUGUGGAGCAGAGGUUUGGUGGAGGGGACAUGGAGGAAGGGGACGCCUUGGGCCUCCUUAAAAAGAAUGAUCUGCUUUUGGCCAUCACAGAACAGCAUGAGAGAACUGCCGCAACAAGAGACAUAGACAUGUCAGACAGUGGGAGCAGGCGGGACAGUCAGUGUUCACACUGCUCCCAUCAUAGUGACAAGCAGUCAAGCUCUGGCAAGUUUAUGCCAAGUUUCCAUGAUAACUAUUACUCUGACCAAAUGGCAACAGCUGACCUAGCUUGGCAACAUAAUUACCAUAGAAAGAUUGAGUCAAUGGAUAUCCUUGACUAUGUGGACCAAGAGAAUCAUGGGCCCGUGGACUGUGGAGGUGAUCGCUCCCAUUGGUCCCCAUCCAAAGGCCAGACAGACCCUGCAUGGUCCCGAUCAGACAGAGAGCCCACCCACAUGGUAGGCAGGAUACAUGACCUGCUGCCCCCACCGCCCGUGACAGACACACCCCUCUACUUCCCCCGAAAGAUGUACUAAAGCAGUUGUUUGCUUGUAAAUCAGAUUUGCAAUCCAUUCCUUAUUACCCUGGUGUCUUUUUUAAUCUCAAUAGGACUUGUAGUCGGAUUUGCAAAACACUCCUUAUUACCCUGGUGUCUUUUUUAAUCUCAAUAGGACUUGUAGUCGGAUUUGCAAAACACUCCUUAUUACCCUGGUGUCUUUUUUAAUCUCAAUAGUACUUGUAGUCAUUUCUAUGAUAUUAUUGCAUAACAUUAUCUCAAGCAGGUGUUCUUCAUUUCCUUAAAAUAUCUGUAUAUAUAUAUACUAGUAUAUAUAUAUGAAUACAAACAGAAAGCCAUUUGACAGCAAAACAGUGUUUCUUCAUGGUUGUGUGAUAUGAAGGUGUAAAUGUGAAUGUAUCAAGAAGUUGUGUUACACUGAUGUGUAGGAAAGUUUUAGUUGACUCUUGCUUACUCUUGCUUACUCAUAUCUUAAGAUUUUAGUCCUCAAAACACCAACAAUUUUUAUGUUGAUCUCAUUUUUUCUCCAUGAGUUAUAAUUUCAGAACAAGUAUGUAAAUGGCAGGUACAUGUGUUUUUUUCAUACAUGUAAAUCAGAUUUUCAUUUCCAUUGUUAUGCAUGCAUGCUUAAAGCGAAAGUGGUAAUAUAAUGGCUUUAAGUUUCUGUUUCUUGUCUAUCAGAAAUGUUGAUGUCAUAUUGUACAAAAAUCAUAACUGGGACCCUUUUUUACCAAUUGCCUCCCUUGAUAUGAUAAGAACCAAUACCAGAAUUGAAUUGAAAGAUUAAUUAAUGGCAAUAAACAAAACUAUUAAUAAUUUCAAAUUACCUCACUUAAAAACAAGUAUGUUGUAUGAAAAUAUUCAAGACAAAGAGUGAACAUCUGAAAUAAGUUGAUGGCAAUACUCUUGUUCUAAUGUUAUGUUUUAAAACACUAUUUUAAUGUUACUUUUGCUUGGCAAAUAUAGCAAAUUGAUCUUAAAUAGAGUUUUAACCAUAUUUUUAAAAAGAAAGAUGUUCAUUGAUUAUUAAAUCCCCUUGAUUAAUCAUGCACAUGGUAAAUUUAUGGAAAAAUUAAAAGUUUUUUUAAGUCUACAUGUUGAAGUAUCUCAAAAAAUGCUUAUGGUCUAAGAGCAACAAGCAUGGCUUACUGUAUAUAUGUAUUGACAUAGGUAUCCCAAUUAUAUCACUUGCCUUUAAAUUGCUCCCCUGUCAAAUAUGCUAUCAAUUGGGGGCUUUCAUCAUAUCCUGUGACGGCUCUUGUUGUUGACAGUAAUAUUUCACUAAAAAUCAUAAUUAAUACACUGGUUAUGUUUAAGCACAUAAUCAAUAGAAAUAUCAUAAAAAUUUACUCAUUUUGUCCAUGUUACUAGUAUCUUCCUCAAUCAUAGCUUUUGGAACAAUUUAGAAAGAACAUGCCGACAUACAUGUACAAAUGUAUAUGUUUACUACAUGUCUAUUGUAUAUUGCUUUGCGUUUUAAUUUCAAUUCUCUGUGUGUGUAGACAAAACAUACAAGUAUUAUUAUGUCUCUAAACUGUGAUUCUUCAUCGCCCUGUGAUAUUUUUGGACUGUUAAGUUUCUUGGAAGCUGUUGUUUAUACCCCAUUGUUUACGAAAUGCUGUGUAUCACAAUGCCUUAUGUAUAAUAAGUUAACUUAAAGACAUAUUUGUUAUAUAUUUAUGUGAAUCAGGACCAGUAAUAACAUGUAUCUUUAUCUGUUUAAGUCUAAAUGCCAAGUAAUGCUAGUUAGCGACUUUAAAAAAAAAAUAGUAACGGUGACUUGAUUAUAUUGUUUCAUGUUGCGCUGCUUAUUUCAUUUCUUGUAUAGCAUUAUCUUAU